GCACCGCCGAGGGAAGCAAAUCGAAACUCCUCAAUGAGUUCACCUUCAGAUAAAUAAGUUUGCCCCCCUUCUCAGAGGACUUAUUUUACUAGGUUUGCGUCUUGGCACAAUGAACGGCUCUCUGGACACUUAUUCCAAAGAGGAAACCAUUAAGUUGAAGCGAGGACCGGCAGGCUUGGGUUUCAAUAUAGUUGGGGGCGUGGACCAGCAGUAUGUAUACAAUGACAGUGGUAUAUAUGUGUCUAAAAUCAAAGAAGAUGGAGCAGCAGCGCAGGAUGGAAGACUCCAAGAGGGCGACAAGAUCAUCUCGAUAAACGGAUCUCAGCUAGAGGGCCGGUCACACAGAGCUGUGGUGGACCUGUUCAGGACAGCUGGUGAGGAAGUGGAGCUCUGUGUUAUGAAAAAGGUGCCCGGCCACAUGAACGGAUCCUCGGGCUCGGAGCCCGAACACCAGCCUCCUGUGUUAUUUCUGGGAAUACUGGGAGUGUUAGGAGCUGCCGCAGCUCUAUUAUACAUUUACAAACGGCACAUUUAGGAAGCACUCAUCUCAGCAGAUGAAUAUUAUUUUUUUUAAGAUCAGAAACCUUUUGCUAAAUGCCAAAGACCUGAAAGAGGGAACAAAGUGUGAAAAGUAGAUCUUAUUUUUGCGAUUAGCAGGUGUUGGUGUCACCGAGUUUUUCCUUAUUCAUGCAUAUUAAUAGUAAUAUGUGAUUAAUGGUAGCUUCUUGACACCAUUUCUAUGCAAAAAGCUGCUGUCUUACCACAGAGAACUUUUAUUAUGUAGCUUUAAAAUGGUAAGAAGGAGGAUGUACACAUUCCUGCUGCAGGACUGAGCUUCUCAGGCAGAAACAAAUGGCUGCUUGUACAUGCAAAACCAUUUCUUUGGAUAGAGUCUGACUGAUUUAAACCUGAUAAUUAACUUAUAAACUGAAAGUGUUUGGUUCAGUCACUCGUAGGCCUCUGGACCUCCAUCACUGAAUGGUGGAUCCUUCACAUUUUCACACUCAUGGGUUUGAUUUUCAUUUUGAACUGUUGCACAGAAUUACACGAGAAGCAGCAUCCUUAUGUGGUGUUUAUAAGGUGCUAUGGUAACUGAUUAAUGCAGUUAUUAAAAAGCUCAUGAUGGCUUUUUUUUUUUUUUUGAGUGCCUUUUUCCUCUGUGCAAAAUGAUGGAGGUGAUCAUGUUGCUUCAUUUUACUUUCAAAAUGAAAAUCCGACCCAUCCAUCCAUACACUAAUCCUGUAGAAAGACCAAGACCUACAAGGAGCCAGUUGUUGUCUUAAAUGUUUCAAAAAGGUAUCAGAUAUAUUAUUCAAUUUAAAGGCUCCUGGUCUCUGAAAUCUAUAGCAAAUGUUACUCAAACAGGAGGAAGUGGUCUAUUUCUUGGGGGUUUUCAGCUGCAGAUGAAUACACAUUCAGUGUUAAAGUGAGUAUUUCUGGGAGCAGGAAGUUGUGUGUGGAAUUAACAGCACUUGGCACAGCAGUGUAGCCUACUGAUGCAUUUUUAAUGAUUUUUGGAUAACAGUGGAGAGCCCUGUGGCACAGACAAGGUGAAAUCACCUAAUACCGGCCAACAGUUUAAAAAAAAAUCUAAUAUGAAUUCAGUACCUUUAAAAGAAACCCUUGAUCAGGUCGCUCAGGGUGAACCACUGAGCUGAAAUCAUGCCUUGAAUAGCUCAUUUCUCGAGGCUUACGCUCUCUCCCGAUUCCCAUUUGAGGCCAGUGCUUGUGAAGACCCUAAACCUCCUUCUCAGUUUGAACGUAGGAAGGAAAUAGUUUGUUUGUGUGACGGACCAACCAGCAGCUCAAUGCUGAACAGCAGCUAGGAAAUCAUUGGCUGCCAGGCUCUGUAAAUGUUUUUUUUCUUCUUUUGUUUGUUUCUUUUUGCACAAUCAUGCAACUCCUCCAUUAAGGACCAUAGUGCAAGUGAAGAAGUGAAUUGUGUCCGCUGUCAUGGAGUGUUGUCUGUAAAUACAUUUUAUGUUACUCUGCUGAGAGGGAUAGUAAGAUGUACAGUAUCCCAUAGAAGGACAUCUGAAAAAUGUAAUAAAUUAUGCAAAUACUGUGUGUUUGUCAUCGAG